GUAGCAGCCGCAGAAUCCCAGAAAGUCCGGAGAAAAAAGCUAAGGAAGCGGAGGUCACCCCGAAGGGCUUCCCGGGAAGGCGCGGCACAGGAACUCUGGAGGAGAGGAAUUCUUCGGAGGUUUCUAGUUGUAGCCACCAUGACCACUUUCCAAGCCACGAAGGAUUCUCUCCUGCGGGGUGUAACGCCGACCCCUAGCAAGAUUCCUGUCCGCACUCAGAGAUGCCCAGAUAACCCCACAAUCAAGCCGUACCCCCCGGACCAGGAGAACCAAGAUCCAAGGAGACUGGUCCAGAAGCCACCACUCAGUACCUCACGCUCCCUCGUUGAUGCAGCUGGCUCCAGACGGAAAGCCUUGCACCAAACUGAGAAGUCACAGAGAUUGAUGGGGGUCACUCAGCUCCGGAACCCCUUGGAAGAGCUCAAGCCUAGCCCUGGGGAACAAAACGUCCAGUAUGGGCCCCCUCCGCAGACAGAUGCUCCUGGGGCCAUAGAGUUUGUGGCUGACCCUGCAGCCCUGGCCACCAUCCUGUCAGGUGAGGGGGUGAAAAGCUGUCCCCUGGGGCGCCAUUCCAGUCUGGCUCAGAGAGUACUGGUUCGAGGGAGCAAGGGAGGCACCGUGCGGAGGGGCCAGAAUGCUCGGGCUUCAGCAUAUCUGGCUCCCAGAACCCCUGUCCACCGACUGGACCCUGCCAGGUCUUCCUGCUUCUCAAGGCUGGAGGGACCAGGACCACGAGGUCGAACUUUGGGUCUCCAGGGGAUGGAGACUGUGAUUCCACCUUUACGACCUUCCUUUCACCCUUCCGCCCACCCCAGCUUAAAGGAGUUAAGAAGAGAGACGUGUGGCAACAGCCGGACUAAAGUGAGUCAGGCCUCAAGAUUACUCCUGGAAACACCAGUUCAGCCUGCUUCCUUGCUACCUGAAGGAGAGCAUGAAGUCGCUUCUCACUCAGAUGAAGGGGGAGGACCUCUCUUGGGUUUGGCCCAGCGAGUACCAUUAAGAGAAACUCAAGAGAUAACACAAACCAAGGACAGUGUUAUCUCCCAUACAAUGCCCUCUCCUGUCUCUAUGGCCCAGCCCAUGCCUGGCCGUGUGGUACCACUUUCUAUCACCCGCCCAUCACCCUUUGGAAAGGCUCAGCGUGUGACUCCCCCAGGCCUCCCAGCAGCGACCUCAUAUUCAUUGUUGCGGCGUCUCGCCAAUCGACCCAAAGCCCAGUUCACACCCAUCCAGUCAGCCCCCAGAGUCCAGAAGGCCCAGUGGUUAAGUGGCCUCUCUCCUCAGUCCUGCCCAGAAGAGCCUGCCCUGCCCUGGGAGCAAAUUGCUGUAAGGUUGUUUGACCAGGACAGCUGUACCAGGUUGCAGGAGGAACCUGGGAAACCACCUGGGACAAGUACUUCUCAACCUCACUCCAAUAAAACCCUCAACCUGCAAGAGCUAAAGAUGCAGCGCAUCAGUAUCCUGCAGCAACUCUUGCGACAGGAGGUAGAGGGGCUGGCAGUAGGCAAGUGUGUCCCUUUUGAUGGAGGCUGCUCUCUGGAUAUGGUUGAACUUCAGCCCCUGCUGACUGACAUUUCUAGAACUCUGAGUACUCCACAACAUAAUUCUGAAACUUCUCACCCUCCUGGACUGUCAAAGCACAGUGGACUUACAGAGCCCUGCCUUGCGGAGGAGUGUGUGGAACCACAGCCCUGCCAGGGAUUAAAGGCUGAGGUGGCUCAGGCCUGCUCUGCCACAGACCCAGGGCCCACGGAGCCCUGCUGUAGGGCUGGACUGGAGCCUUCCUUUCAGGAACAGGCUGAAGUCCCAGGUCCUUGCCCUCCAGCACAGCCUGGACACCCUGAGGCCUGCCAUAAGGUAGAGCCUCUGAGGGCAUCAGUUGCCCACUCCCUAAAACCUAAAAGCCCAGAGUCCAGCUCAAAAGACUGCUGCAAUCAGGGGCCUCUGGCAACCACCAGUCUGACCUUCUCUUUCCAAAGUCCACUCUGUGCCAGCCCCCCUAUUCACUCACUUCAGCCUCUGAGGCCCCAGACAGGCCAGUCAGGCCUCAGCAGUCUGGCCCCUCGAACUCUGGCCCUGAGACAGCGCCUCAAAGCAUGUCUCACCGCCAUCCACUGCUCCCAGGAGGCCCGUCUGGAUGACGAGUGCGCUUUCUACACCAGCCGAGCCCCUCCCCCAGGACCCACCCGCGUCUGCACCAACCCUGUGGCUGUGUUGCUUGAAUGGCAGGAUUCCCUGUGUUUCAUUCCAGUUGGUUCUAUGGUCCCACAGGGCUCUCCAUCGUAAGACUCCAGCCUUCCCUGGCUUCUGCUAUGCUGAGCUUACCCCUUCCCUUUAGCCUUAUUUAUUGUUGGUCUACCUAUGGGACUGGGAGCCAACACCCUUUUAUCCAUUAAUAAAGUUUCUAUGGUAUCAAAA